GGAAGAAAAACAGAUUUUCUUUGGGGAUCCUGAAGCUUUGUUUUCUUAGGACACUGUGGACAACUAGACUAGAGAAAAGCAGGGAACAGCUCCCGGGUUCCUGACUAGCAGGAACAAGAUGUGGACCAGACUAUCAGCAGGUGAUGAUCAAGGUGAAGGAUUCAAAUCUGGCUGAAUGGCCCAAAUACCAGAGUGCUCUUUAAUGAUGUUUCAGCCUUCUAAAGCUCCUGCCCUUGCCCAGGACAGGAGUCUAGAGACAGGAAGUACUUCUGAGUGGCUGACCACCAGAUACCAGGAUCCAUUGACAUUCAGGGAUGUAGCUGUGGACUUCUCACUGGAGGAGUGGAAACGCCUGAGCCCUGCUCAGAGGGAUCUAUACAGGGAUGUGAUGCUGGAGAACUAUGAGCACUUGGUCUCUGUGGGACCAGGACUUCCAUUUUCCAAACCAUAUGUGAUCUCCCAGUUAGAAAGAGGAGAAGCACCAUGGAUGCCUGAGGAGGAAGUUCCCAGAGACCCUUGGCCAGAUUUGUUUAAUGAAGAUAGCAGGUGUGAGAACCAAGACUUGGCACUGACUGAGGACACUUGCCUGGGAGUAUCAGCCAAGGAAAGAAGACCACAGAACAGUCCCUGGCAUCCUGAUAUGGGAGAAUCUAGGACAUUUAUGGUCAAGUUAAAAAAUCAGAAGGGUCCCCAGGAUGGAGAAUCCCAGCAAUUAACAAUUACUCACAAAAGAUCAUCUUGCCAGGGCAAUGUACCAGAAAAUAAUUCUUUGGUAAGACAUGUUAGUCUGGGGCCAGUCUGUUUUGCCCAAGGAAGAGCUGCUGUGGGAAAAAGUCUCUAUAAGUAUAAUAUCCUUGAAAAGAGCCUGAGAAACUUUUCAGACAAAAUUCAAUGUACUAGAUUCUCCUCAGGGAAGAAACUUCAUAAGUGUAACAUAGGCAGGAAAUUUUUCAUUUACCACUCAGAUGCCAUUAAAUGUCAUAUAGCUGGUGAAAAGCUCUAUGAAUGUAAUGAAUGUGGGAAAGCUUUUGACAAAAGAUCAAAUCUCACUGAAUGUCAGCAAAUUCUUUCUAGAGAAAAACCCAUUGAACUCAAUAAAUGUGAGAUGGAAACCUUUACUAGACAUCAGGAAAUUCCUACUAGAGUGAAACUCUUCGAAUGUAAAGAAUGUGGGAAAUCCUUCAGGGAGAAGCGAUAUCUUAAAAGCCAUCAGAGGACUCAUACUGGAGAGAAACCUUUUGAAUGUAAUGAAUGUGGGAAAGCUUUCAGUGUCAGGCAGAAUCUUUCUAGACAUCAGAGAAUUCAUAUUGGCUUGAGACCCUUUCAAUGUAAUGAAUGUGGGAAAGCCUUCAGGAUGAAGGAUCAUCUUCAAAUGCAUCAGAGAACUCAUACAGGGGAGAAACCUUUUGAGUGUAAUAAAUGUGAGAAAGCCUUCAGCCAUAGGGGGAGCUUGAGUAGGCAUCAGAGAAUCCAUACUGCAGUGAAACCCUUUGAAUGUAUUGAAUGAGGAAAAGCCUUCAAUGGCAGGCUGGAUCCUAAUGGCCAUCAGAGAAUUCAUAUUGGAGUGUAACUCUUAAAAUGUAAUAAAUAUAGGAAAGCCUUCAGGGAGAAGGACCACCUUAAAAGCAAUCAGAGAACUCAUACUGGAGAAAAAUGCUUUUGAAUAUAAUGAAUGUAGAAAAUAGUCCAAUAAGAGGCAGAUUCUUGGUAGACAUCAGAGAAUGCUUCCUGGAAUGAAACCUUUUGAAUGUAAUGAAUGUGGGAAGAACUUUCAGCCUAUAUCAUCACCUUAGAGUACAUCAGAGCAUUCAUACUGGAGAGAAAUCUUUCAAAUGUUAUGAAUGGGGAAAUGCAUUCAGGGAGAAGCAAACCCUUAUUAUCCAUCAGAGAAUUUAUGUUGGAAUGAACCUUUGGGAUGUUAUGAAUGUGGAAAAGCCUUCAAGCUGAAGGACUAUUUUGAAACUCAUAGGAUCACAGGAUACUCACAUUGAAAAGAAACUCUUUAAAUUACAGGAAUGUAGGAAAACCUUGGAUGACAAGCAGAGUUUAAUCAGAUAAUUCCUAGUGGGAAGAAACUCUUUGAAUUUAAUAGAUGUGGGAAAUCUUUCAGACUGAGAGAAUACCUUAUCAGCCAUCAGACAACACAUACAGAUACAAAAGGCUGUGAAUAUAAUGAAUGUGUGAUAAUCUUCAGCCACCAAGGAAGACUGAAUAAACAUUUGAAAAUUCA